GUAGUUUUUAGUUUUUCAAUUGAAACUCUUCUCGAUCUGAAGAACUGAACCAUGUAGGAAAGUAUGAUCAACUAAAGUAUAGUAAACGAGAAUCGAUGGCGGUCUCCUCGUCGUCUUCAACUCCGGUAAGAGUUAAACGUGUUCGUAACCAUGGAGCUGGUUCUCCAAUGUUUUCCAAACUUGUCAGAAACCCCAAAUUACUCUUCGCUUUCGCGCUAAUUCUCGCCGAUGUCAUUUUAGUAGCUCUCAUCAUCGCCUAUGUCCCUUAUACAAAGAUAGAUUGGGAUGCUUAUAUGUCACAGGUAAGCGGGUUUCUCGGGGGAGAAAGGGAUUACAUCAACUUGAAAGGUGAUACAGGUCCUCUGGUUUAUCCAGCUGGGUUUCUCUAUGUUUAUUCUGCGAUUCAGUAUGUUACAGGAGGAGAGGUUUAUGCAGCUCAGAUAUUGUUUGGCACUCUGUACAUCAUAAAUCUCGGAAUAAUCUUAUUCAUUUAUUUGAAGACUGAUGUGCUUCCGUGGUGGGCUCUUAGUCUGCUUUGUUUGUCGAAAAGAAUACACUCAAUCUUCGUGCUUCGUCUAUUCAAUGAUUGUUGUGCCAUGACACUCCUUCAUGCUGCAUUGGCCUGCCUUCUCUGCCGGAAGUGGCAUCUGGGGUUGAUUAUUUUCAGUGGGGCUGUUUCAAUAAAGAUGAAUGUUCUACUCUAUGCUCCACCUUUACUACUUCUGUUGUUGAAGGUCAUGAAUAUUGGUGGGGUGAUCUCAGCUUUAGCUGGUGCAGCACUUGUACAGAUUCUACUGGGCUUGCCCUUUUUAACAUCACAUCCCAUUGCAUAUAUAUCAAGAGCCUUCAAUCUUGGACGCGUAUUCAUUCAUUUCUGGUCUGUUAAUUUCAAGUUUGUACCUGAAUCAGUUUUUGUUUCAAAGGAAUUUGCGGUCUUCUUGCUUAUUACUCACCUCACGUUACUUGCCACUUUUGCUCAUUAUAGAUGGUGCAAGCAUGAAGGAGGGCUGCUCAGAUUUUUGUAUUCAAGAGACUUCUCUGUGAAGCUAACAUCUUCUCUGUCAAGUUCCUCAAGGAUUCUUAAGGAAGAGCAUAUCUUGACGACUAUGUUUGUUGGGAACUUCAUUGGCAUCAUUUGUGCCCGCUCGCUGCAUUAUCAAUUCUACUCAUGGUACUUCUAUAGUUUGCCUUAUCUACUAUGGCGAACGCCCUUUCCUACGCUUCUACGUCUGGUUCUGUUUGGAGGGGUGGAAUUUUGCUGGAAUGUGUAUCCAUCGCAAGUAUUUACAUCUGCUCUUCUUCUAUGCCUCCACUUAGUCAUCCUGUGGGGUCUAUGGAUAGCACCAUCCGAAUAUCCUUACCUCCCAAAUAAGCCGUUGACGAGAAAAAACAAAUGAACUGCUGCAAUGUUUUUGUACUCCUUUUUCCUCCCAAAUUCUAAUCUACACACGUAACUCUUUUGGGGUGAUUGACCCAUAAACAGCCAGAAGGCUGAUGCACUUACAUCCUACUGUCUUCGAGUCGAAGAUUUUGUAUUCCAAUGGGUUAAUUUUAACUGUUUAUUUGAUUAAUCUUUUUACCUUACAA